AAGGGAAGCGAGAAACAAUGCCACGGGUCGUCUCUUAAGUAAAACAAGCAAGUUUAUACCGGUUCAGUCAGUCAGUGGCGAGAGCUCGUGCGCGGGCGCGUGAUCUUGUGAACUGGGCGACCGAGCUGUGUGCCGCACCAUGGCCGUCCUCGCCUGUCUGCUGCUGGCGGCUCUCGUGCGCUGUGCGGGCGGUAGCCCCGCGCCGCUCUCCUCGGAAGACGAGUUUCAUUUCAAGUCCUGGAUGUCACAGUACGGACGAGCGUACCACUCGGAGGAGUACCACUACAGGCUGCACACAUUCACGGAAAACAGGAAGAGGAUUGACCGCCACAAUGCGGGGAACCACACUUUCACAAUGGGUUUGAAUGAGUUCUCUGACAUGAGCUUCGCUGAAUUCAAGAAGUACUUCCUCUUGACAGAGCCUCAGAACUGCUCUGCCACCAAGGGCAACCACAUUGUGGGUGAUGGCUAUUACCCAGAUUCUGUGGACUGGAGGAAGAAAGGAAACUAUGUGACACCAGUGAAAAGCCAGGGUGCCUGUGGCAGUUGCUGGACAUUUUCCACUACAGGAUGUCUGGAAUCCGUCACUGCUAUAGCUACAGGAAAACUUCCACUUCUUUCAGAACAGCAGCUGGUGGACUGUGCGCAGGCUUUUAAUAACCAUGGCUGCAAGGGUGGACUCCCAAGCCAGGCCUUUGAAUAUAUCAAGUUCAACAAAGGACUCAUGGCAGAGGAUGACUAUCCCUACACUGGAAGAGAUGGAACCUGCAAUUUCAAGCCCCAGAUGGCUGCUGCUUUUGUAAAAGACGUUGUGAACGUAACUAAAUAUGAUGAAAUGGGUAUGUUGGAUGCUGUGGCUAGGCUGAAUCCUGUCAGCUUUGCUUAUGAAGUGACAUCAGAUUUCAUGCACUACAAGAAUGGUGUGUAUAGCAGUACUGAAUGCCACAACACCACAGACACGGUGAACCAUGCAGUGCUUGCUGUGGGGUACGCUGAAGAAAAUGGUAUUCCUUACUGGAUUGUGAAGAACUCGUGGGGACGUUACUGGGGACAGGAUGGGUAUUUUUUCAUUGAGCGAGGAAAAAACAUGUGUGGUCUGGCAGCCUGUGCAUCUUACCCUCUGCCUUUGAUAUGAACUACGAUGAAGAAUAUCCAAUGAAGACAAAUUAAGUAUAAUAGAAAAGGGAAAGUUACCAAACAAAUGUUCUUCUAUUUUUAUGCUUUGAUACAAUUACCUAUAUUCUUUGUUCUACCUUUUUACUAUAACUUUACCACAAUUCAUAAGCCAUACUCAGUAUAUACCUGUGUUUGAAAUUAUCUUGAGAAUGUCAUUAAGUGAAAAAGCUUGAAUUACAGAUUGUUCCAGUACUGGCUGAUUCAUGUGCUGUUACUGAGAAGGAAAUAAGUUUACAAAAUGUGAAGGAUCCAUUGCUGUCAUGUGAUUAAAAUGACAGAUUUUUUUGUUGCUGAUUUUAGUCUCUUCUGUGUAAAUCACAAUAUGAAUUAAAUGUU